AUGAAUUAUAAAACCUUAGUUCUAGCUUUAGUUGCUCUUACAUCGACAGUGGCCAACGCAUCAGAUGUGUAGGCUUACCCAGGAAUCUAGUUUAGACUCGAACAAGACUUCCUCGACGUCUUAACCAAGGAAUUCUUCGAAGUACUUCCAGUUGUCAUGGAAAAGAUAGAAGCUUUAAUCCCCAAGGAGAUCACAGUUUUGAACGUGAAGGUCUCAGAUAUUACCCUUAAGGACUUCCAAAUAGAUACGGAAAGAGCUAAGUUCACCAUUGACAAGGCUAACAGAGGCAUCAGAAUGAACUGGGCCAAGCUCGUCAACUACCAGUUCCACUGCCAUGUCAGAUUUGGCAUUUUCUUCUUCAUCGCUGUUAACUGGGAUAUUGAUGUCUUCGCGAAAAAUGCUACUCUUGAUAAUGGACUCUCUAUUUUAGGAAAUGAUCACUCUGGCGCUCCAUCAGUUGAUUUCUUCGGCACUAAGAUCGAUAUUGGUUAAUCCUACUACAGAAUGAGCGGCAACUUCAUUAUGUAUCUUAUCAGCUUCUUCACAGACUUACUCCUCAAGUACCCAUUAGAGGUCCUCGUGAACUUGUUCAUUCAACCAGGCAUCAACUUCGUUAUCAAUGACGUUAUUAUUCCAUUCUUCUUCUAGGACGGAAUGAUUGAGAUCAAGAAUUUCCACUAAGGCAAUGAAACUACCAGUUUGAUGCUCGACUUCACUCUACCAGAGAACCCAUAGAUCCAUGACAACUCAAUUGACACCUUCAACGAUGGAGCUAUCUACUUCAAGAAUCACGGAGAGACAUUUAAGCCACCAACCUCACCUAUGAGGUAUCAAUUUGAAGAUUACUCAUUGCAGAUGGUCGCAUCAAGUUUCACUGUUAACCAAGUGGUUGAGACAGUACUUGAGACUGGCCUAAUUGUGCUACCUAUCGACCACAGAAUAAUUAAGGAGUUCGUUGGCAUUGACUUGACAACCACUCUCAUGCUAGUAAUCAUUCCAGAGCUCUUCUACAACUACGGUUCAAGGAGUUUGAACCUCUAAUUCACUCCAAUCUCAGGCACUGACAUCGAUUGGUCUCAAGACAACAAGACCACUGAUGCUCACAUCAAGAUGCUUGCUGACUUUAUCAUUGUGGAAUCAGAUAACUCCACCAAGCUUGCCUUCUAGGCUGUAUUGGAUAUCGAAGCAGACAUCGCUCUUAACAUUGAAGAGACCAACAAGACCGUCAACCUCCAAUUCUCAGACCUUGAAAUUCAAGGUUUCAAUGUAGUUGUAGACAAUUGCAACGUAAAGUCUGACUAGGAUAAUAUUAAGACCAGACUAAAUGCUAUAAUGGGAGCCAUUGAGCUUUCAGUAAAUCAAUUCGUGAAGGUUCUUUCUCCAAAGUUGCCCGAGUUCUAGACAUUCGACUACAAGAUUCACUUUGAUUACCAAGACCAUGGAUUUGGUACUGGCAUCUCCAUAACCCCUAAAAAAUAAUGA